AUGGCUCCUGCUCGACGUCAUAUCGGGGCUAGCCGAAGAAAGAGACGGGACGACGAUGGCGAAGAUGAGGGUUCAAUGGCUGGAGAUCUAGGUGACGACUCUUUGAGUGAAGGCUCGGCCGACAGUCACCAGGAGGAUGAAGAUGCAGAUGCAGAGGGUAGUGAGGAAAGCGAGGGAGAGGUGGCCCCGUCAGUCCACGGCAACCAGGUCAACGGUCAUCGGGAUAAGUCAACACGGCGCAGCUCUACGUCACCUGAGAAGCGAGGGCUUAAGACAACAGUUUCGGACACUGAGGCGAUGAUGAACGGACUGAAGGUUUCGGAUGCUGGUGAUGCUGAAGUCAACAUCGACCAUCUUGAGGAGGAGAGAACGCCUUCUGCCCCUCCCGCCGAACCAAAACGAGACAACCUGGCUUCAAGGAAGCGUCGUGAGAAUGAUAAGUAUGUAAAGGAGCGUGAACAAAACCCGGCUUUCGUCCCCACACGCGGCAGCUUCUUCCUUCACGACAAACGAUCCGCCGAAGCGGGCACCAACGGUCACCGGCCUUUCAGCAAGAGCAAGUCCCGUCCAUAUGGUCUGAUCGUGGACGGAAACUCUCGCAGGCCUUCAAAGUCCGAUGCCAGUGGAGGACAGUGGGCACACGACCUCCACGAUACCGUAUCAGAUGAUCGACCUGCUGCUGCGAAGCGCCCAACGCCGUCUGUAGGACAGCCCGUUCCUACCGCCCCGAGAUCCUCGCCGCCGAACCGAACCUUCUCGAGUACAACGUUGGUUGGAAAUGUGCCGGUGGUUGUCUCCUUGCCUGGAAUGGCCAAUCCUGUCCAGUUUGUGACGGAGAAGAGACUCCACACCCGGCUGCCUCAGCAUCGGCCACCCUUGAGACGCGACAAGCCGGUCCGGAUCUCUCUUCCUAAUCAGGCUCCCCGGUACAUCUUUCCCUCAGUGGAGCGCUCGUUCAUCUUCAUUCCUCGCGCAUUGCGGCCGAAUCAAAGCUAUCGUGGCCGUGGACGUGGCGGUGGGUUCUACAGUGGGCGCCGUCCUAGCUAUUACCCAACCUCAUCGUACACUCCGAGUUUGGUUAGCCGUCGGUCUUCACUGGGUCAGGAUGGGUGGCCUUCGCCCGCAGGAUCCACCUACUCCAGACCCAUGAACCCCACUGAUCCCAAACCAAUUGUUCGCAUGCCCCCGCCAAACCGCCCGCCUAUGGGGCUCCCACAAUUUGGGGCUAUCCCUCCUGGACCCAUGGCCAUGCCACUCCCUCACCCCGCAUAUCGGGAAAGCCGCCCCGCCCCGAUCCCCAUGCAUCAACCCCGUCCCCAAAAGACGGUCUCUGUGGCUGACAUCGAGAGUCCGGCUACUUUCCCAUUCCCAUUCAACCCUCCUCAGCCACAGCAAGAGCAGCCCUUCCAUCACCAGGUUCCUGUCAUGCACCCUGAUGGUGGAGGCCCACCUAGCCAACCCUCUGCCACCCCACUCUCCCAGAUCCCGGAGCGAGCCAUCCACGCUCCACCAUUCCAGCCCUACACGUACCAACAACCUGGUUUCUACCCUCCGGGCUAUCCUCCGGGUAGCAUGUACUACCCGAACUCGGGUCCCGACUAUUAUAACGGACCGGUGGGGCCUGGUGCAUCUGUGCCGAGUUUCCCGGGCCAGCAAGCGCCGUAUUCGGCGGGGGAGCAGCCUCAACCUGGAACAGUUGCCCAUGAAUCAAACGGCACCGUUUACUUCUACGAUGCCAAUCAGAUGUACUCUGGGUCAGGCUACAGUGGACCGGCACCCCCGGGCCUGGAUCUGGACCUGGUGGUGUGGUUGGCAUGGGUGGGAUGA